AUGGUCUUCUACCAACCGGGAAAGACGGAGCAUGGGCUCCCACAUGAUCCGUUCAAGGCUUGCGUCGUCCCACGUCCUAUAGGCUGGAUUAGUACUGUUAGCCCUGCUACUGGGAACGGUCCGAACGCCAAUGCGACCCCAAUGGCAAACCUUGCGCCAUACUCGCAGUUCAACAACCUUACGUUUGACCCACCAUACGUCAUGUUUUCCGCAAAUCAAACAUUCGCUGCUGAGCGAAAAGACACAGUGCGUAACGCUGAAGCUACCGGUGUUUUCUGCUGGCAACUCGCUACGUAUCCGCUUCGGGAAGCCGUCAAUAUCACCGCCGAGCAAACCCCGUACGGCGUCGACGAAUUUGAGCGAGCCGGCCUUGAGAAAGUGUGGUCUACAUGCUUAAAGAUUCCUGUCCCAAUGGUGAAAGACAGUCCUGUUAGGUUUGAAUGUGAAUAUUACACCACGCUUCGGCUGCCAGUGAUUGGGAAGGUUGUUGGUAUUCAUAUCUCCGAUUCUGUUCUGACGAACGGUCUCAUUGAUAUGUCCAAAACACAACCCAUAGCCCGCUGUGGCUACUUUGAGUAUGCUAGAAUUACCGAAAAGUUUGAGAUGAUUAUUCCUGGCGAUAAGGCAACGUUGUUCGGUUUGGAGGGAAGUGUCAAGCAGCAUAAAGAGUUUAGUGAAACAGGAAGGGUACAUGAUGAGGACGAAUCCAAGGCGUCUUAA